CUUCUUCCUGUAGAUAUUCUCACCAUAUAUAUAUAUAUUGCUUCGGUUGCAUAAUUUUCACUGGGGAGUCUGGACAAACGAAAACUUUCAAGUCUCUCUUUCAAUUUCAUUUCAUUCCCGUACUAGUAUAACUUCUAUUUCCUGUUAACGCAAAUCCUCAAUCCUUGACUCUGAGACCGAUCAACGACAUCCUCCAAUUGUUCUUUUCUUCAAACUCUAUAUCAAACCCUAGGAAUGUUGUUUGCCCCACUCGAUUAACCCUUUUUUCCUUUUACUUUCUCCCGGUUGUUGUUGUUGUUGUUACAAUUAUCAUACCGGGCAGAAAUCAUCAUGGAUUCUCAAGUUUUGGUGGCUUUAGCUCUUUCACUGGUCGGUGGCUUCAGCACAUCACUUGGUGCUCUCUUUGUAAUUCUCAACAAAUCCCCCAAUCUUAAGAUGCUUGGGCUUCUACAGGGUUUUGCUGCAGGCCUUAUGCUUAGCAUCUCUUUUUUUGACCUUGCACACAAUGCUAUUAACUCAAUUGGCUUCUUGAAAGGAAAUAUCUGGUUCUUUUCUGGUGUGAUUUUCUUUGGUAUUAUUGCCACUUUUAUUCCAGAACCAUCGCUUGCACCAAUUCCAGAUGUAAAAAAUAAAAAGAAUAAUGGGGAUGGGGGCAAGGACAUGAUGAAAAAGCAUCGUCGUCAAGUUCACUAUAGUGGAAUCAUCACAGCUGUAGGCAUAAGUUUGCACAAUUUCCCUGAAGGCAUGGCCGUAUUCCUUGGAUCGAUGAAGGGACUUAGGGUGGGUUUGAACUUGGCUCUGGCCAUUGCUUUGCACAAUAUUCCAGAGGGUGUUGCUGUUGCACUUCCAGUUUAUUUUGCAACACAAAGUAAGUGGCAGGCAUUCAAACUGGCCUCUCUUUCUGGCUUUGCCGAGCCCCUGGGCGUAAUUAUUGUAGCUUAUCUGUUUCCUAGAAGCUUGAAUCCUGAAAUUCUUGAGGGCCUUCUUGGAUCAGUUGGUGGUGUAAUGGCUUUUCUAACGUUGCACGAAAUGCUACCUCUGGCUUUCGAUUAUGCUGGGCCGAAGCAAUCUGUGAAGGCUGUGUUCUUCGGAAUGGCUUUCAUGUCUGCAAGCUUAUAUUUUCUUCAAACAAGCUUACCCGAGGAUAUGAGUUUGUAGAAAUGGAGUUUUCUCGCAAUUCUAGUGCCAUUACGGUCUGAUUUCAUUUGAAAAUAUGUUAUAGUUGGAACAGUUUGAUAAAAUUUUAUGUAGAUUCUAAAUAAGUAGUUGUUUUUAUUAAUCAAAACCUAAAUCUUUUCAUUUUAAUAUGCUUAUUUUUUAUAUUGAUCUUGUUUCAAUUACUUCUCGUGUUGAUUAAAUAUUGUCAUGAUUUGUAUUGAAAUGGUUUGAUUUUCAUUA